AUGAAGUUUUUUCGCAGUUGGGUCCCCCUGCUGCUCAGUGCAGUCUCCUUCCUCACUGAUAAUGUGAACGCGCGAUCCCGGGCUCCUGAUCCUAUCACCUACGUCUCUGAACUAGAAAACCCCGUCAUCCACACUCCUUCCCAUCGGGUCACUUCCGUGUCGCAUUUCGAUGUCACAUUCACUCUCCAUAAGAACGCACAGCGAUUGAAAUUGGCCCUCGAACCGAAUCCUGACAUUAUCGCGGAUGAUGCCCACGUUCAGUACCUGGAUGCUGACGGGAAUGUGAAACACACUGAAUACAUCGAUCGGUUGGCGCACAGAGUCUUCAAGGGAUCGACAUGGAUCGAAGAAUCCCCUGGCAUCUGGUCGCGAGUCGGCUGGGCGAGAAUCUAUGUUAAGAGGGACGGGCCCAAGCCGUUAUUCGAGGGUGCUUUCAGUGUCAUGCACGACCAGCACCACGUGAAACUCCGUUCGAGCUACAUGAAAACGAGACGGGCGUCCGAUGUCGAUCUGGAAGACAAAGAUGACGACUAUAUGGUCGUCUAUCGUGACUCCGACAUGGUCCCCCGGGAUCUUUCAGAACUCAAACGAUCCUUGUCCUCGUCUCCAUCGUGUCAUGCGGACGAACUGAGCUUCAACUCAGAUCCGAACCAUCCCGUUUUUCGAGGGCUGUCGGAGCAGUCGCAUGCGAAUUGGGGCGCCAUGUCUGUCAAUCAACUCCUUGGUCUUACCCGACGGCAGUCAGACAUCAGUGGGACCGGUGGAAACGCUGGCGGUGUGAACUUGCAGUCGAACAUCGGUAAUACAGCAGGAUGUCCCAAAACCAAGAAGGUUGCUUUGAUUGGGGUGGCAACCGACUGUUCGUUCACUGCCGGAUACAACUCAACUGAAGAUGCUCGAGGGAAUAUUAUUACCAUGGUUAACACGGCGUCAGAUCUCUACGAGCGCACCUUCAACAUCUCAAUUGGGCUGCGGAAUCUAACAGUCAGUGACAAGAACUGUCCCAGUCCAGCCCCGGAAUCCGCGCCCUGGAAUAUGGACUGCAAUAGCGGAAACAUGACGACCAGAUUAGAUCUCUUUUCGUCAUGGCGCAGCUCGAGGGACGACUCGAACGCCUACUGGACUUUGAUGACUGGCUGUCAGUCGGACGAUGAAGUGGGUGUGUCGUGGUUGGGCCAGCUUUGUGUUAUUGGAUCUGGCAACAACACAGUUUCAGGAGCCAACGUGGUGGCGCGCACCCCGACCGAGUGGCAGGUGUUUGCACACGAAUCGGGCCAUACCUUUGGCGCCGUGCAUGACUGCGACUCCCAGACCUGCGCACAGGGGCUCGAGACGACCUCCCAGUGCUGUCCGCUUUCGUCGACAACGUGUGAUGCGGACGCAAAAUACAUCAUGAAUCCCGUCACGGGACAGCAGCAGACCCAGUUCUCACAAUGUACAGUCGGAAACAUCUGCUCCGCCUUGGGUCGCAACAGUGUCAAUUCCAGCUGUCUCGUUGACAACCGUGGGGUGGUCACCAUCACCGGCAGUCAAUGCGGCAAUGGAAUCGUCGAAAGCGGAGAAGAAUGCGACUGUGGAGGAGUAGAAGGCUGUGGGAACAACCCCUGUUGUGACGCACAAACGUGCAAGUUCAAGAACGGCGCAGUCUGCGACGACUCCAACGAGAACUGCUGCGUAAACUGUCAGUUUGCCCCGAGCAGCACUGUCUGCCGCCCUAGCACGGGACCUUGUGACCUGGAAGAGAAAUGUACGGGGACCUCUGGCGUGUGUCCUCCAGACCAGUUCGUCCCCGACGGUCAGAGCUGCGGCAACUCGUCGGCGGGUCUUACUUGCGCCAGCGGCCAGUGCACCAGUCGCGACCUGCAGUGUCGGCAGGUGAUGGGCAGCGUGUUGGAUACCAACGACACCUACGCCUGCGACAGCAGCUCCUGUACUCUGUUGUGCGCGUCGUCCAAGCUCCCGAUGAACACGUGCGGCUCGUUGAAUCAGAAUUUCCUGGAUGGGACGCCGUGCAUCGGUGGCGGACAUUGCGUCAACGGCCAAUGCGUGGGUUCCAGUGUUGGCGGCGAAAUCAAGUCCUGGGUCGACGACCACAAGCCGUUGGUGAUCGGACUGGCCGCGGGAUUGGGCGGGCUUUUGGUGCUGAUGAUUCUGAGUGGCAUCAUCUCAGCCAUCCGCCGGCGGCGGUUUGCCAAACCGGUACCUCCCGGCGCAGGUCCGUAUCGGCGGAGAGGAGGAUAUACUGGCCUGCAACAGCAGGGAUACUGGCCAUCGAACACUGGGUACUAUGGAGCACCACCACCUGCAUACGCUCCACCGACAUAUGAGCAGUCGAUGGGGAACCGGGGCCGUAUGCCAUCUAUGCGAUAUGCAUGA